AUGCGCUUUGAAGAAAGGCAAAAUGAAAAAUCAGAACUGUUCAGAUCUUGUGUUCAUAUAGAAAACUGCUUUGUACCGACAUCUGAGAUAAUUGCUGUUGAAGAAACUGAUCUUAACAAGAAACAGCGUAACAGUGGCAAAUGGCAAAAAAUGGCAAAGCCUCACGCUUUCACAGUGUAUUAUGUGAAAAAAGCCCGAAAUCACCGCUGGCGGUGUAGCGAUGUGACGUUUUGGUGUGUUGAUGAGCAGCUGUGCAACCAGUGGAUCCAGGCACUGAAAGAAUUACUUGAAUUGCAGAAAGCUAGACCAAAGCACUUGCUUGUAUAUAUUAAUCCAUAUGGAGGGAAACGACAAGGGAAGAGGAUUUAUGAACAGAAGGUUGCUCCACUAUUCAGUCUGGCUUCUAUCUCCACUGAUGUUUUUGUAACUGAACGUGCUAACCAUGCUAAGGACAACUUAUUUGAAGUUAAUAUUAAUAAAUACGAUGGUGUUGUCUGUGUUGGUGGGGACGGCAUGUUCAGUGAAGUGAUGCAUGGUCUCAUUGGAAGAAUGCAGAAGGACUCUGGCAUAGACCAAAAUAAUCCCAAAGCACCGUUAGUCCAGUGCAAUAUAAGGAUUGGCAUAAUUCCUGCUGGGUCAACAGAUUGCAUAUGCUAUUCUACAGUUGGUAUUUCUGAUCCAGUAACAUCAGCUCUACAUAUUAUUAUAGGUGACUCUCAGCCUCUGGAUGUCUCCUCUGUACAUCAUAACAACACAUUUUUGAAGUACACUGUGUCGUUGUUGGGUUAUGGUUUUUAUGGAGAUGUUUUGAAAGACAGUGAAAAAAAGCGGUGGAUGGGACCGAUGAGAUACGAUUAUUCAGGCUUCAAGACUUUUCUUUCUCAUCAUUGCUAUGAAGGAACAAUUUAUUUUCAACCAGCAAAACACACACAGGGAUCUCCACGAGAUAAAGAUAGCUGCAGAACAGGAUGUCACAUUUGCAGGCAAAGUGAGCAACAGCUGGCAGAAGAGCACAAGAAAUGUGGAUUAAAACAUGAAGAAGAUGAAGAAGAAUGGAAGGUUAUUAAAGGAAAAUUUCUAGCUAUCAAUGCAGUAAAUAUGAGCUGUGCCUGUCCACGCAGUCCAAAAGGUCUUUCACCAGCAGCCCAUUUGGCAGAUGGUUCAUCCGACCUCAUUCUAGUUCGUAAAUGCUCCAGAUUUGAUUUUCUGCGGUAUCUCAUCAGACACACAAACCAGGAUGAUCAGUUUGACUUCUCAUUUGUAGAUGUUUAUCGGGUGAAGAGUUUUCAGUUUACAUCAAAGCUUUUGGAAGACAAUGAGAGUGAUGUCACGGACAUAGGAAAGAAACAUUUUGGCCAGUUCUGCAGAGAUCAUCCAGCCUGUUGCUGCAGUAUUGCUAAUAGCACCUGGAAUUGUGAUGGAGAAACUCUGAACAGCUCAGCAAUUGAAGUGAGGGUUCACUGUCAGCUAAUGAAGCUAUUUGCAAGAGGUAUCGAGGAAAACUGCAAAGAAGCAGCCAGCAACCAGAGUACAGUUGAGCAAUUGCUAUAGAUACUGUUCCUCGA